AUGCGUUCAUCCACCACCCUCCUCCUCGCCACGGCGGCCCUCACGACCACCACCCUCGCCCAAUCCACCUCCGUAACCUCCCUCUUCAUCCCCCAAGGCGGCGACACCCAGCCCCUCGACGCCUCCAUCGUCGGCGCCCACGCCGCCACCACGACUUGGGCCAUCAACUGCCCGGCCAACGAGGACGCCAGCGACUGCGGCUACGAAGGCGCCUUCACCUUCACCCUCGGCCCCUCCUUCUACGAGGCGCAAACCACCGAGGCGCCCGUGUUCAGCUACAGUGUGCACUGCGAUCUCGACGGCACGACGGUCGCGACCUGCACCGAGAGCGCGGGGGGGCAGAGCGCGAACUUCCCGGGGUCGAGUGUCGAGACGUACACGGGGACGGAUGUGGGAGGCGUGCAGGUAGUGACUGUUACGGCGGGUUUGGAGAAGCUGUCGGGUGCGACGGGUGGUGCUAGUGCGAGUGCGACGGGUGCUGCGAGCGCGUCUGCGACUGGCGCGUCUGCUUCUAACACCGGCUCUCCUGUUGCUUCCAACACCGGUUCUGCUGUUGCUACCAACACUGGGUUGUCUUCUCAGAGCGCAUCCCUCACGAAACUGAUUGGCACGAAGACGACGAUUAGAACAGAGGCUGGAACAGCAACUGGUACGGCGGCUGAUGCGACAUCGACUGGUGCUGCUGACGGUCGCGCGGCGAUGGGCAUGUCGGCUGCUGGUCUUGUGGGAGUGGCUCUGGUUGCUUUCGCGCUCUGA